CGCCAGGGCACGCACUUCCUUCCAUGCCUUCUUUACACCAAUCGCCCUCUGGUGUCCCACCCCUUCCGUUCUGGGAAAACACGAGCACCUAGAACGACUUCCGGCGGGAGCUGUGCAGCUCCUUAUCAUGGGGACAAUUCAUCUCUUUCGAAAACCACAAAGAUCCUUUUUUGGCAAGUUGUUACGGGAAUUUAGACUUGUAGCAGCUGACCGAAGGUCCUGGAAGAUACUGCUCUUUGGUGUAAUAAAUUUGGUAUGUACUGGCUUCCUGCUUAUGUGGUGCAGUUCUACUAAUAGUAUAGCUUUAACUGCCUAUACUUAUCUGACCAUUUUUGAUCUUUUUAGUUUAAUGACAUGUUUAAUAAGUUACUGGGUAACAAUGAGGAAACCUAGCCCUGUCUAUUCAUUUGGGUUUGAAAGAUUAGAAGUCCUGGCUGUAUUUGCCUCCACAGUCUUGGCACAGUUGGGAGCUCUGUUUAUAUUAAAAGAAAGUGCCGAACGCUUUUUGGAGCAGCCUGAGAUACACACGGGAAGAUUACUAGUUGGUACUUUUGUGGCCCUUUCUUUCAACCUGUUCACGAUGCUUUCUAUUCGGAAUAAACCUUUUGCUUAUGUCUCAGAAGCUGCUAGUACGAGCUGGCUUCAAGAGCAUGUUGCAGAUCUUAGUCGAAGCUUGUGUGGAAUUAUUCCAGGACUUAGCAGUAUCUUCCUUCCCCGAAUGAAUCCAUUUGUUUUGAUUGAUCUUGCUGGAGCAUUUGCUCUUUGUAUUACUUAUAUGCUCAUUGAAAUUAAUAAUUAUUUUGCUGUAGACACUGCCUCUGCAAUAGCCAUUGCCUUGAUGACGUUUGGCACUAUGUAUCCCAUGAGUGUGUACAGUGGGAAAGUCUUACUCCAGACAACACCACCCCAUGUUAUUGGUCAGUUGGACAAACUUAUCAGAGAGGUAUCUACCUUGGAUGGAGUUUUAGAAGUCCGAAAUGAACAUUUUUGGACCCUAGGUUUUGGCUCAUUGGCUGGAUCAGUGCAUGUAAGAAUUCGACGAGAUGCAAAUGAACAAAUGGUUCUUGCUCAUGUGACCAACAGACUGUACACUCUGGUAUCUACUCUGACUGUUCAAAUUUUCAAGGAUGACUGGAUUAGGCCUGCCUUAUUGUCUGUGCCUGUUGCAGCCAAUGUCCUCAAUUUUUCAGAUCAUCACAUAAUCCCAAUGCCUCUUUUAAAGGGUACUGAUGAUUUGAACCCAGUUACAUCAACUCCUGCUAAACCUAGUAGUCCACCUCCAGAAUUUUCAUUUAACACUCCUGGGAAAAAUGUGAACCCAGUUAUUCUUCUAAACACACAAACAAGGCCUUAUGGUUUUGGUCUUAAUCAUGGACACACACCUUAUAGCAGCAUGCUUAAUCAAGGACUUGGAGUUCCAGGAAUUGGAGCAACUCAAGGAUUGAGGACUGGUUUUACAAAUAUACCAAGUAGAUAUGGAACUAAUAGAAUUGGACAACCAAGACCAUGAUGGACUCUAACUUAUUUUUAUGAGAAAUAUUGACUGUGUGGCUUCCAAUUUAUUUAGUAAUCCAACUUUGCAUUGACUGUUUAAUCAUUUACUCUAGAUGUUAGAUAACAGUAAGCUUGUUCACAUUUCAUGAAACCUAUGAAACUAUAUUUUUGUAAAAUGUACUUGUGACAGUGAAAUCCUCAUAAAUGUUAAAGUCUUUAAAUAGGCUUCCUUUAGAAAUACGUUUCUUUAAAUUUGAAUUUUGGUAUCUUUGGUUUUGUAGUUGACUGCAGUGUGAUAUGACCUUACCUUUAUAAAAGCCACUUGAUAGAGUGGAUCUGUCACAUCACUAAGAAUACGAUAUGUUUCUCUUUUUUUUUUUCCUGAGACGAGUCUUGCUCUGCAUUGUGCCCAGCCAAUCCAUUAUUAUUAAUUUAAGGCAAUAGUUUAUUAAGGUUUCCUUAGUUUUUGUUUAGUUUUUUGAGAUGGUGUCUCACUCUGUCACCCAGGCUGGAGUGCAGUGGUGCCAUCUGGGCUCACCGCCACCCUCUGCCUUCCAGGUUCAAGCGAUUCUCCUGCCUCAGCUUCCCGAGUAGCUGUGAUUACAGGUGACUGCCACCACGCCUGGCUAUUUUUUGUAUUUUUAGUAGAGAUAUGGGGUGUUUUACCAUGUUGGCCAAUCUGGUCUCAAACUCCUGACCUUGUGAUCCACCCGCCUUAGCCUCCCAAAGUGCUGGGAUUGGGUGUGAGCCCACUGCACCUGGCUGUUUUCUUUAGUGAAAUUUAUAAACAUGCUUCUUGACUAAUGAACAUUUUGGAAAAGGGAAAAAUGUCUAUUCAAAAUGUAAAAGUCUCUUUUAUAGCUUUUCCAAACUUAAUUGCUACAUUUUUCUUUGAGGUUCUUCUGAAUUAUGUCUUGUAAACUAAAAGCAAACUUUUUAGCAGCAAUUUUGGAAUACAGACUAUGUAGCACAAUUUGAAUUUUUAAAUCAUCAAGAUUUUUGUUAAAGUUUCUCUCAUUUAAAAAUUUUAGUACAUUUGUAAAUAGUCCAUGUCUCUCAGUGUUUAAUAAGUGAUACCCAAUUUUUGGUGAUAUGCAGUGAAAGAAUCCAAAUUUUCUGUAUUACAUUUAAUCAAAUACUGACAUAAUGAAUUUAUCUUUUCUGCCACAUUUUCAUUGAUUGACUUUUUAAUUUAUUUUAUUAACAAAAUAUAUCAAGUAUAUUACCAAAACACAUGGAGUUCAAUAUAUAUUACGGAAUUCGAUGUCUUUUCAAGUUACACAAAGAAUUUGAGUAUACAUAGUAUAAUAUUAUCAAAGCAUAAUGGACCUUAGAUUAUAGAAUAUAGCAUUAUUGGGUCUGCAGUGGGCAGUUUCUGGCUUUUGUUUUGCUUUGUCAAAAAUAGGAAAUUGUUAACUGUAGUGAAGUAUAAGAAUUAUGUAGAUUAUGUUGUUUUUUCGUUGUUUUCCAAAUGCAGAGUUUUGUGGGUUUUUUCAUUUUUUGAGAUGGAAUUUCGCUCUUAUUGCCCAGGCUGGAGUGCAAUGGCACGAUCUCGGCUCACCGCAACCUCUGCCUCAUAGGUUCAAGUGAUUCUUCUGCCUAAGCCUCUGAGUAGCUGGGAUUACAGGCAUGCACCACCACAUCCAGCUAAAUUUUUGUAUUUUUAGUAGAGACGGAGUUUCUCCAUGUUGGUCAGACUGGUCUUGAACUCCUGACCUCAGGUGAUCCACCCGCCUCAGCCUCCCAAAGUGCUGGGAUCACAGGCAUGAGCCACCAUGCUCAGCCCCAAAUGCAGAGUUUAAGAACUUUCUAAUGUGGCUAGUAUUACUUGCAAAAAGUAGAACAAGCAGUAGUCACACAUGACCUAUGAGGGUUUUUUGUUAUUGUUUUAUUUUAUUAUGCAUUCUAUAACAGUUUUAAAAAGGGAUUUUGAGAGUGGACUCAACUUUCCCGAAAUCCAGUGCUCCUGGAGAUAUAUGACUUUCCCAGCCAUCAGCCAGCUAUCUAGAGAAGAUUUUUGUUUUUCUAUAAUCUGCAACAGUUUCUUCAGUCAACUCAUCUGCUUUCAAAUAGGAGCAACACUUUCUUCACCGUGGAUUAAAAACAUUCAAGAAGCCAUCUCUGUCAAGCAGAAUUGUCAUCUGUAGUAUAAGUGUCCAUAUCCUAAAUACCUUUUUCUUAGUGAGGAUUUGGUCACUGUCUUUGACAUCUGCAACGCUGUUCAGGCAUGUGACCUGCUGAAGAAAUACAGCCCAUGCUACUACCUUGACUACUGGGGAAAAUGAUACUUUGUAAAAUGUAGUAAGGCAACCUGUUUCUUGUCCUUUGUCUUAUGUUCUCUAACUAUUCCUGUGUCUGUUAUUGGUCUACUAUUACAGGAUGAUUUUUCCUUCAUUGAUCUCAUCUAAGUGUGAAUUAGGGUCAUGCAUGAAAUCUGAACUGCCAUGUCCUGAGUUAUGGUUAAGAGGUAUGUGCUGCCAUCCCAUGCAUGUCUUCCCCAUGGGAUUUUAAAGUGUUCAGGUACCAAACGCAGUUCUGUAUGAGGUUUUAUGCCUACUUCCUCAACACCAAUCGAAGCAACACCUGUGCAGCUAUCCCACCAAAGGUGCUUUAAUACACACCUACACUGUUUGAGAAAGGACAGUUACCUGUGGGUUAUGAAAGAAUUGGCCCUGCUUCCUGAAUGUGAGUAAGGUGUUACAGGAGACAUUGGCCCAUGCAUUAUUGUAUACAGAAGUCUUACUUGGCCAAGCUCUGACUAACUUCUGGAUAUAAAAAUAAGGAACUCACCCAGCAUAGGCCUAUAGGCAGUAGCCUCACUAGUAAAUCUUGCCACCGAAUCACUGGAAGCUAGACAAAGAAAGUUCAAUUUGAGUAUUUGGCCCAUAGUUUGUUUAAGAUGUAGAUGUAAACUCCGUGAAGUGUAAUUAACCCUGCUUUACAAAGUCACUGUAUUGUAAUGGGAAAAACACUGCACUAGGAGGCAAAAGGCCUGAAUUUCAGUUCUGAUGCUGCCACUGUGUAAGGAAGUAGUUUUGUAACCCAUGGGCAAAUCAUUUGCGCUUGCUCAUCUGUAAAGUUAGGGAGAGGAAUAAUUAGUUGAUCUGUAAAAUAUCAGCUUCAAAACGUUAUGAAUAACAUAUUUAUAUGUCCUCAAUUGCUAAACAGAUGUUGUGCCCAGAAUUUUUUCUAGUGACUACCUCAAUAUACAGGCCAAGUGUUCCUACACCAACACCCAAGCCAUUAAUUUGAGGUGCCAUGAAAAUAGGUGAACCACAGGCUAACACCAUUUAGGUUUUUGUGUUUUUUUCAGGCUUGCUUCUACUUAAAUAUGUUUAGAGAGUUUUCUUAGACUUCUUUCUUUGUAGGGAAGGGUUAUUUGGGGAAGUGUUGGAAAAAAAGAUUAGGGCAGGGUACCCUUAAUUUAUAUAAAGUACAAAAGAAGGGAAACAUUUUCCCUUUCUUCUUUAAUCUCUAAUGUCAUGUUUGGAAUUACACAUAACUUAGCAGAUACUAGAGAGGACCUGAAUUUUAAGCCUCUGAUUUAGCUGUUUGUUAACUGCCAAUUUUUGCUUUACUAAAGAAUGCUGAUCUUUUUUGGGAGUCUGAUCUCCUUCUAAUAUGAGAAAAUGCUUUUUACAUUCCAGAUUGUUUGAAUUAAACUGUUUGGAUUAAAGAACA